CCGUUCUUCAAUUUCCCCACAUUUAAAGUCCCCUCCUUUCCUUCCCCUUUUCAGGACCCAUCGUCGCCCCUUCAGUCAAAAUCUCUUCUUCCUCCUGUUUUCCUGCAUUCCCCACGUUAUCGUGCAGGAGUAGAAGGAAAGAGUCGUGAAGGGAAAGGAAAGAUAUGCGGAUAGAAGAGAGCGAAGGCGUCUCGGCGUCGAGGAAGCACCUCGUCUUCGCUUACUACGUCACCGGCCAUGGCUUCGGCCACGCCACUCGUGUUGUCGAGGUGGUAAGGAAUCUGAUUCUGGCUGGGCAUGACGUCCACGUGGUUACGGGUGCUCCUGAUUUUGUGUUCACUUCAGAGAUACAGUCGCCCCGGCUCUUCAUCCGCAAGGUACUUCUGGACUGCGGUGCAGUCCAAGCUGAUGCAUUGACGGUUGAUCGGCUUGCUUCCUUGGAGAAGUACUCGGAGACGGCAGUUAUACCCCGGGAAUCCAUUCUGGCAACUGAGGUAGAGUGGCUCAAUAGCAUCAAAGCUGACUUAGUGGUUUCAGAUGUUGUUCCAGUUGCUUGCCGUGCUGCAGCUGAAGCUGGCAUUCGAUCCGUUUGUGUCACCAACUUUAGUUGGGAUUUCAUAUAUGCAGAGUAUGUAAUGGCGGCUGGGAAUCAUCACCGUUCAAUAGUUUGGCAGAUUGCAGAGGACUAUUCUCAUUGCGAGUUCCUGAUCCGUCUCCCUGGAUAUUGCCCCAUGCCAGCAUUCCGUGAUGUCAUCGAUGUACCCCUAGUUGUCAGGAGGUUGCAUAAGUCCCGCAAAGAGAUAAGAAAGGAACUUGCCAUUGAAGAAGAUGUGAAGGUUGUUAUCCUUAACUUUGGUGGACAGCCGUCUGGCUGGAAGCUGAAGGAGGAGUUUUUGCCCCCUGGUUGGUUGUGCCUGGUGUGUGGUGCAUCUGACACUCAAGAGCUUCCACCAAAUUUCAUAAAACUAGCGAAAGAUGCCUACACACCUGAUGUUAUGGCAGCAUCAGACUGCAUGCUAGGAAAGAUUGGGUAUGGGACUGUUAGUGAAGCCUUGGCGUACAAAUUACCAUUUGUGUUUGUACGGAGAGAUUAUUUUAAUGAAGAGCCAUUCUUACGGAAUAUGCUUGAGUAUUAUCAAGGUGGUGUCGAGAUGAUUCGAAGAGAUUUACUAACUGGGCACUGGAAACCUUACCUUGAACGUGCAAUCAGCUUAAAACCAUGUUAUGAGGGUGGGAUUAAUGGUGGUGAGGUCGCAGCUCAUAUUAUACAAGAGACAGCUAUUGGGAAGAACUAUGCCUCGGAUAAGUUGAGUGGCGCAAGAAGAUUACGGGAUGCAAUAGUUCUAGGAUAUCAACUACAAAGGGCCCCUGGAAGGGAUAUACUCGUCCCAGAAUGGUAUGCAAAUGCUGCAAAUGAACUUAGUAAGUCUACAGGGUCAUCAACUGUGUCAGCAGCUGAGGGUGGACACCUAAUGAGCUCAUAUAUAGAAGAUUUUGAAAUUCUUCAUGGUGACCUUCAAGGCCUGCCAGAUACAAUGAGCUUCUUGAAGAGCAUGGCAGAGCUAGAUGCUAUAAAUGAAUAUGAAAAGAAUUCAGAGAAGCGUCAAAUGCGGGAGCGUAAAGCUGCUGCAGGACUUUUCAAUUGGGAGGAAGAUAUCUAUGUGGCUAGAGCGCCCGGUAGGUUGGAUGUGAUGGGAGGCAUAGCUGACUAUUCAGGAAGCCUUGUAUUACAGUUGCCUACAAGAGAAGCUUGUCAUGUUGCCGUGCAGAGGAAUGAUCCUAACAAACAUAAGCUCUGGAAACAUGCCCAGGAAAGGCAAAAUACAAAGGGCCAACAACCUACCCCUGUUCUUCAGAUUGUGUCUUAUGGGUCUGAGUUAAGCAAUCGUGGCCCGACUUUUGACAUGGAUUUAUCUGAUUUCAUUGAAGAUGGGCAGCCAAUACCAUAUGAGAAGGCAAAGAAAUACUUUGCUCAAGAUCCAUCACAAAAGUGGGCAGCAUAUGUUGCAGGGACCAUUUUGGUUUUGAUGAAAGAACUAGGUGUGCGAUUUGAAGAUAGCAUCAGCAUGCUGGUUUCUUCUGCUGUCCCUGAAGGCAAAGGUGUGUCUUCUUCAGCCUCUGUGGAAGUCGCAAGCAUGUCUGCUAUUGCUGCUGCUCAUGGAUUGAGCAUCAGCCCAAGAGAUAUUGCGUUGCUCAGCCAAAAGGUGGAGAACCACAUCGUUGGAGCCCCUUGUGGUGUAAUGGAUCAGAUGACUUCAGCAUGUGGUGAAGCUAACAAGCUUCUGGCUAUGGUUUGCCAGCCUGCUGAGGUAAUUGGGCUAGUUGAAAUCCCUAACCAUAUUCGUUUCUGGGGCAUUGAUUCCGGGAUACGUCACAGUGUUGGUGGUGCGGACUAUGGAUCUGUGAGAAUUGGAGCCUUCAUGGGUCGGAAGAUCAUAAAAUCCUUAGCAUCUGACGUGGUGUCUAAAUCAUCUGACUUCAGUAAUGGUUUCGUCCAUGAUGAACUGGAAGAUGAUGGUGUGGCACUACUAGAAGCUGAAGCAUCAUUAGAUUACUUGUGCAACUUGGCACCACACAGAUAUGAAGCCCUAUAUGCAAAGAUGCUUCCUGAGACACUGCUGGGUCAGGAAUUCCUGAAUAGGUACAUUGAUCACAGCGAUCCCGUUACAUCGAUUGAUACAAACCGGAAAUAUGUGGUUAGAGCGCCGGCUAAACAUCCCAUCUAUGAGAAUUUCCGAGUGAAGAACUUCAAAGCAUUGCUUACUUCUACAACGUCGGAUGAUCAACUCACAGCUCUAGGAGAAUUACUGUAUCAGUGUCAUUACAGCUACAGUGCGUGCGGGCUAGGCACAGACGGAACAGAUAGGCUUGUAAGGAUGGUCCAGGAAAUGCAGCAUAGUUCCAAGUCGAAAUCUGAAGGUGGGACGUUAUACGGAGCCAAAAUAACCGGUGGAGGCUCUGGUGGCACUGUUUGUGUUAUUGGUAGGAACUCCUUGUGCAGCAGCCAACAAAUUCUAGAGGUUCAGCAGAAGUACAAAGUAGCAACUGGGUAUUUGCCAUUUAUCUUUGAGGGGUCUUCUCCUGGAGCUGGGAAGUUUGGAUACUUGAGAAUUCGUCGACGGUAGCCCACCACCUUUCCCACUGAUCACCUGUUUAUGUCAGCUGCUCCUUAUAGUUAGCUGCCUUCAGACUUCAGUCACUCUCGCAACUUCUUCACACACGAUGACCUCGAAAUGACAUUCUGGUCAAUAGAUAUAGCAUAGUUCAGCUAAGUUAGUUUCGAAAAUAAGAUUACUGGGCAGCAAUUAAGCCGUGUGUUAGAGUAUUCAUUAAAUUGAGAAGGAUGAACAAAACAAACCCUUGUUGUACAAGUUUUUGCUUUUAAUGUUAAAACGUGUUUGGCCUUGGUCGAUCAGGGGUAUUCUUUUUCUUUUUAUAUAUAAAAGCUGGGUACGCUUUUUGUCCGUUACUGUAUCACUUUUCGUCGUUUAGCGGGUUUCAAAAGCUUUCACUGAACGACUUCCCAUUCACCUCUUCGCCCACCUACGGACUUCUGCCUUCCCCAAAUCCAGCGAGCGGCCAUUCCUCCCCUCACCGUCCGUACCUGCAGAUCUGCAGCUUCCUCACCUCCAGCGCCCUGAUGUUGCCCAUUCUAGCUGCCGCCCUUGCCGGACGUACGCCAACUGUUGCAGACAUCGUUCCACUGCAACCUCAAAAGACAAACAGCAAAAUUCUCCUGACAUUUUCCAGCAACACAGGCUAAAGCUGAAGAUAACAGCAGACAUACAAAAAUCUCUUAACGGUUGGCUUUGGCAACUCUCUCAAUCUCGUCCUUCUUCUUGAUAGCAUAGCUGUUCGAGGAUCCCUUUGCAGCAUUGAUGAGUUCAUCGGCCAAGCAUUCAGCGAUAGUCUUGAUGUUACGGAAAGCAGACUCCCUAGCUCCAGUGGUCAGGAGGUACAGGGCCUGGUUGACACGCCUGAGGGGAGAAAUAUCGACGGCCUGACGCCUCACAACACCAGCCGAACCGAUUCUAGUUGCAUCUUCACGAGGACCGACCUGUUGACCACAGCAUCAACGAUGAUUUGGAUUGGGUUUGCAUCAGUUAGGAGAUGGAUGAUCUCCAUGGCGUGCUUCACGAUCCUGACAGCCAUCAGCUUCUUACCAUUGUUUCUCCCGUGCAUCAUAAGAGAGUUGGUAAGCCUCUCAAUGAUCGGGCACUGAGCCUUCCUGAAUCGCUUGGCCGAGUACCUCCCAGCUGUGUGGGGGACGAAAGUUGCGUGCUUGGCCGCUUGGACACCGAUGUAAUCGGACAGGGAAAUGUCGUUGAUCUUAAACCAUUCCAAAUCACAAAACAAAACAUACAAAACCCUAAUUAGCCUGAGAGCAGAAUCAAGACCCUCCAAGCAUAAUCAAGAGCUCAGUCGCAUUAAUAUAACUAAGCAGCGAAAAUCGUACGCAUGAACAUCGACGGUUUGAUUCUAAGACUCGAGGAAAGACGAUAACGAAGCUAAAAAUGAAUGAGAACGAACAUGAAUGUCAUCGAACACCCAGCGAUUGAACAAUUUGACGUCCAUGGGACCAGUAACUGACGCCGGAGCUGGAGCUGGAGCUGGAGCAGGAACUGGAACUUGGGCCUCUACUUCCAUGGCUGCACUUGCCGGAGAAGAGAGAAAGCGGUGCAGUGAUGAAAUUAUGCGCUUAGGGAAACUCCGGAACUGGACAGCUACUUGCGCAGAAGAGGAUGGAAGGUCGUAACCCUAAUUCCAAAUUUAUUCGGCCACGAAGC